AAAACGAAACAAUUUCAAGUCAACCUUUUCAAAUUUUUUGUUGUAAUAAUGGGCAUCACGAACUUCAUUGAGCAAAUGAAGAAUUGGACAGUGUCGCGUGUUUAUGGAGUCCCGCCAAAGUCUGACGAAAAUGCCCAGAAAAAUAAACGAUUUCCCAAUCUGGGUGAGAAUAUACAGCGUGUGGUCCAAACGCCACAGUUCGAGCAGGUGCUAAAUGCCGCGUCACCCUUUCUGUUGGCCAGCAUGGGCGCCUGGCCGGGAUAUUGGAUAUAUAGAGGAUUCGAUUAUCACUCGCAUAGGGCGCACAUACCGCUGCCUAUUUACAUUAGACAGACAUUUUACCAGGCUAAACUGCUGCAGCUGAUCAUCAUUAUGACUGGCAUACUGACUAUUGUAAAGAAUCAAAAGAACUUGCACAUCUUUCCCGAUAACGACAACCGAAACGAUCCCUAAUUCAUUAAAUCGAAAGUAACCGAAGCACCUUCAUUAUCAAUUCCCAAUUCACUAAAUUUAUAAUAAUUAUUCAAGCAAAUUAGUAAUGGCCCAUUGCAAAAGCUCUAAAUCAACAAUAAAUAAAAUACCCAGAUA